GUUUAAUAUAUAUUGAUUUUUUGAGGGAUUCAGGAGUAUAAAGAGAUGAAAGGAUUUAAGAAUAAAGUGCUUUUGAGGGCAAGAUCGUCUAGUGAUUCUAGCAAAAGUUCACAAAAUUCAAAGGGAAAAGAUAUGAAAGAAGGGACGGGAAUUACAGAGAAGAAGCCGGAACGAAGUCUUAAACUUAAGGAUUCAUUUAGACAAUUAGCUCAGGGAGCAUUUUCGAUGCCUAGUAUACCAACAUCUAUUAGUAAUGUUCCAUUAUAUAUGAAUACAACAUCUAUGCAUUUGACGCCAUCUGGUGUAUCUGAAAUUAUUUCUGGAGAUCUUGCUUUACUUAAGCAUGGGACGAAAACAACAGCAUUUGAAAGAUUACAACCGACAUCUAAAAAUAGUGCAGCAUUAGAUGCAAUAAAGACGCCUAAAAGGAAUACAUCUUCUAGAUUUAGAAUAUCUACGGAACGAGAGCUUGAAAAGCUUCCAUCUUUUCAUGAGGUUCCUUCGAAUAAUCGGCAAGAUCUUUUUGUUCAAAAACUUAAGCAAUGCAAUGUUAUUUUUGAUUUUACUAAUGCAUCAAUGGAUAUGCGAAGUAAAGAGAUUAAAAGAGAAACAUUACAUGAAUUAUUGGAAUAUGUAACGAACAAUAGAAAUGUUAUUACUGAACCGCUUUAUUCCAAAGUUAUUGAUAUGUUUUCAACGAAUUUAUUUAGACCUAUUCCGCCUCCUGUAAAUACAUAUGGAGAAUGUUAUGAUCCAGAAGAGGAUGAACCUGUUUUAGAAGUAGCAUGGCCUCACCUUCAGAUGGUAUAUGAAUUUUUUCUUCGGUUUAUAGAAUCUCCUGAUUUUAAUACUAAUCUCGCAAAAUCAUACAUUGAUCAUCAUUUUAUACUUCAGUUACUUGAACUUUUUGAUAGUGAAGAUCCUCGAGAAAGAGAUCUUCUUAAAACUACUCUACAUAGAAUUUAUGGAAAAUUUCUUACUUUACGGUCUUUUAUUAGAAAAUCCAUUAAUAAUGUUUUUUUUCAAUUUAUUUAUGAAAGUGAACGGUUCAAUGGGAUUGCUGAAUUAUUAGAAAUAUUAGGAAGUAUUAUCAAUGGAUUUGCUCUCCCAUUAAAAGAUGAGCAUAAAUUGUUUUUGAUACGUGUGUUGUUACCUUUGCAUAAAGUUAGAUCUAUUUCUAUGUAUCAUCCUCAAUUAUCUUAUUGUGUUGUACAAUUUUUAGAAAAGGAUCCUAGUUUGACUGAAGAAGUUAUUCUUGGACUUCUUCGGUUUUGGCCAAAAGUUAAUAGUACAAAAGAAGUAUUGUUUUUAAAUGAAGUUGAAGAAAUAUUUGAGGUGAUGGAACCAUCGGAAUUUGUUAAGAUUCAAGUACCUUUGUUUCAACAGUUAUCAAAAGCAAUUUCUAGUCAACACUUCCAAGUAGCAGAACGAGUUUUGUAUUACUGGAACAACGAUUAUUUUUGUAAUUUUGUUAAUGAUAAUGUUGAUGUUAUUCUUCCUAUUAUUUUCCCUGCGCUAUAUGAAAAUUCUAAAAUGCAUUGGAAUAGAACUAUCCAUGGAAUGAUCUAUAAUACUAUGAAAAUGUUUAUGGAAAUUAAUCCUACAUUAUUUGAUGAAUGUUAUAAUGACUAUACUUUUUCUCAAGAAGAAGCUGAAAUAAAAGAUAAAGAACGAAAAGAUAUGUGGUUGGCUUUAGAAAUUAUGAGCAAUUCUGGAGGAAAAGAUUCUUAUGGAAAUAUAGAAGUUUUUUCAAAAAGCCUUAAAGAAACACGUAGACCACUUGAACAAUCGAUAGAAAACUUACGUUUAGAUGAUCAUAAAUACACACAAGCAAUAUCUAUUACAAAACCGACAAGAAUUAAUACAGAGACAGAUGAUACUCGAAUAAAACUAAAUACUAAAUAUUCUUCAUGAUUUUUAAAAACAUAGAUAUAUCAUCAUUCAUUUGUAAUAUUGAAAC